GCAGGUCUCCACGAGUUCGACUCCCUGAAGAACCACGAAGUCAACGAGUUCCGCUCCAAGAUGCGGCCGUUCUGCGAGGAGAGGGCCAUGGAUCGGCAGCAGCUGCCCUGGGAGAAGUGGAUGGAGUACAACUUCCCCUGCGAGCUGGAGCCCUGCCCCAAGGUGCUGGAGACGGGGCUGCUGAUGUCUCGCAUCAGCCGCAAGUUCAUCGUCAGCGUCAAGUUCGAGUCCAGCGAGGAGAGCUUCGCUUUCCAGGUCCAGCCCCAGGACGUCCCGUUGACCCUAAUGCAAUGCGUCCUGAAAAAGAAAGCGACUGUCUUCCGGCAGCCCAAGCAGGAGAAGCCGGAGGAUUACACCCUGCAGGUGAAGGGCAGGUGUGAAUACAUCUACGGACUUUACCCCCUGAGCCAGUUCAAAUACAUCUGUUCCUGUCUGCACGGCGGGCUGACACCCCAGCUGACCAUGGUGCAUCACUCCACGAUCAGCAAGCUGCAGGACGAGCAGGGCGGCUUCAUCAAGCACCUGUCCAAGGGUCGGUCCUCUUCCAAGCCUCCCCCGCUGCCUCUGAAGAAGACCAUUUGCAGCCUGUGGUCAAUAGAAGAGCCGUUCUACAUUCACCUCGUGCAGGGCAGCAGAGUAAAUGCCGACGAGGGGAUGAAGCUCGUGGUCCAGGCUGGCCUCUUCCACGGCAGCGAGAUGCUGUGCAAGACGGUGACCAGCAACGAGGUGAACGUCUGCUCCGAGCCCUUCUGGGACCAGAAGCUGGAGUUCGACAUCGGCGUCGGCGACCUGCCGCGCAUGACCCGGCUCUGCUUCGCGCUCUACGCCGUGAUCGAGAAGACCAAGAAGCCCAGGUCCACCAAGAAGAAGCACAAGAAAGCUGACUGUCCUCUUGCCUGGGUGAACACCAUGGUGUUCGACUACAAGGACCAGCUGAAGACUGGCAAUGUCUCCCUGUACACCUGGCCUUCUGUUCCAGAUGACAAAGGCGACCUCCUGAACCCCAUGGGUACGGUGGAGAGCAACCCCAACACUGACAGCACUGCUGCCCUCAUCAUCCGCUUCCCCAGUGUCAGACCACACCCCAUUUACUACCCCUCGUUUGAGAAGAUCAGCGAACUCGGAAGAAAUGGGAAAAAGACUGUGGCGUCCAAGGAGGAGCUCCUGAAGCUGAGUGAAAUAGUGGAGAACAAGAACUACACAGAGUUCUUCGAGGACGACAAGGACAUUCUUUGGAAGCUCCGCUACGAGGUGCGAGAAAAGUACCCCGAGAGUCUGGCCAAGCUCCUGCUCAUCACCAAGUGGAACAAGCAUGAAGACGUGGCGCAGAUGUUAUGCCUCCUGCAAACAUGGCCAGACCUCCCUGCAAUCCACGCUCUGGAGUUGCUGGAUUAUAGCUUUCCUGAUCGCAAUGUGAGGUCAUUCACUGUCAGGUGUCUGAGGAAGCUCAGUGACAAGGAACUGUUCCAGUACCUGCUGCAGCUGGUGCAGGUGCUGAAGUAUGAGUCUUACCUGGACUGUGAUUUGACAAGAUUUCUGCUGGAAAGAGCGCUUGCCAACAAAAAAAUUGGGCAUUUCUUGUUUUGGCAUCUCAGGUCAGAAAUGCACGUUCCUUCAGUGUCGUUGCGAUUUGGUCUGAUUUUGGAAUCCUACUGUAGGGGAAGUUUUUCUCACAUGAAAAGUCUGAUGAAGCAGAACGAAGCUCUCAACAAAAUGAAGUCCCUGAACGACUUUGUGAAGUCCAGCUCUCAGAAGACCACGAAACCGCAGACAAGGGAAGUCAUGAAGUUUUACAUGACACAGGACACCUACAUGGAGGCCAUGUCUGAACUCCUGUCCCCCCUCAACCCCAACAUCAUCCUCAGUAACCUCUGUCCCGAAAAGUGCAAGUACAUGGACUCCAAGAUGAAACCCCUGUGGCUCGUUUACAUUAACGAGAAGGUGCAGGGAGAUCCCAUGGGCAUCAUCUUCAAGAACGGAGAUGAUCUCCGACAAGAUAUGUUGACUCUACAGAUGAUACAGCUAAUGGAUGUUCUUUGGAAAGAAGAGGGACUCGAUUUAAGGAUGAUUCCUUAUGGGUGCCUUUCCACGGGUGACAAGACGGGUCUGAUCGAGGUGGUGAGGAACUCGGACACCAUCGCCAACAUCCAGCUCAACAAGAGCAACAUGGCGGCCACGGCGGCCUUCAACAAGGACGCCCUGCUCAACUGGCUGAAGUCCAAGAACCCGGGAGAGAAACUGGAACAGGCCAUAGAGGAAUUCACCCUCUCCUGUGCUGGCUACUGUGUAGCUACUUACGUCCUGGGAAUAGGCGACCGCCACAGUGACAACAUCAUGAUCAGAGAAAAUGGACAGCUCUUCCACAUCGACUUCGGACACUUCCUCGGUAACUUCAAAAGCAAGUUUGGAAUCAACCGGGAGCGCGUGCCGUUCAUUCUGACCUACGACUUCGUCCACGUCAUUCAGCAAGGCCGAACCAACAACAGCGAGAAAUUCGAGAGGUUUCGGGACUACUGCGAACAGGCCUAUAAGAUCCUGUGCAGGAACGGGACGCUGUUCGUGAACCUCUUUGCCUUGAUGCGGGCAGCAGGACUUCCUGAGCUCAGCUCCUCCAAGGACAUCCAGUAUCUGAAGGAGUCUCUAGCCCUGGGGAAGACCGAAGAUGAAGCCCUAAAGCAUUUCAAAGUGAAGUUUAAUGAAGCUCUGCGGGAGAGCUGGAAGACCAAAGUGAACUGGAUGGCUCAUAAUGUAGCUAAAGAUAACAGGUAGAGGAGGUGGGGUGUGAAGCAGAAGGAAACACCAGAGCUCUUUCUCCGAGAGAUUUAACUUGUGCAGCUAGUGUUGUUGGAAAAAAAGUAUAAUACAGCAUUUUUUUAUUUUUUUCAUUUUGUGUUCGAGUCAACCACUUUUUUUAACUGUACAGAUGUUUACAGAUGAGGUAUAGCUAAGCAGGAUGAGUAGGAUUGCUCUGUUAUUUACCAGUCCACAGGACAGCGUACAUUUACCAUGACCAAAGUGAGGUAUUGUUUCAAUACUUUGAAAUCGGAGUGGGAUAUUGCAACAUGUUGUGUGACUUGAAACAUCUGGAAAAAAAUCAAACACUUGUAGUGUUUAAAAUUGUUUACAUCCUUAAUGGAUGUCAUUUUAAGUUCUAUUUAUUUGUAAUCUUAUUGUGUUUUGUUCUGUUUUACAUCGUGUACAUUGUCAUUGUUGGCACUUAAAGUGAAACUUCUGAAGUGGUUCUGUAGUGGUGCACUUUGAGUUAUAGCCAGUGAAGUUUAAUCUUUACGAGUUAUGGAAAAACAAAAGAAAAUCAUGGUUUAAAAUCAUAUGUAGAAUGAAGCCUUGCAGUAUAUGAAGUUAAUCUGAUUUAAGUCAACGCUCAAAACUGAGGGCCUGAGAAGUUGGCCAUUAAUUUAGAACAACCUGAGUACCAUUGCAAUCUGGGACCUCACAUUAUCAAAUCAAAGUCUAUAAUACCAUAUUGAGCGUAACUUGCGUAAGACUCCCGUGUCCAAGAUGGCUGAAUAACAAAUCCCAAAGUGUUUCACAUACAGGAGAGGACCCACUUCACACAAGGUUGAAGUGCUACUCUGCCUGGAUGACACACAGCAGCCAUUCUGCCCCAGCAGCUCCACUGCACAGCAAGUCAGGGGUAGAAGGGAGAAAUUGUGUUGCCAAUUUAACUAAGGGUGAACUUUACGGAGGCCCGUUUGUGGAAGUCCAAUGAUGAGAGCCUGAAAACUGGGCUUCACACCCAUGUUCUUACAUUGUCAUGGGAUCUGUAAAUACCUCAGGUUACUGUCUCAUCAGAAAUAGGGCACCUGCUUCUGGACAGUGUUCCCGGUCGCCACACUAGGGCAUUGAUUUGGAAAUUCGGAUCCAGAGGGAGCCAGCCACUGUCCCAUGAAAAUCACAGCGGAGAUCUGUUUUUUUUUUUUUUUCCCCUUAGAGGUCUCCCAUCCCAGCAGUGAGCAUGCACAGCCUUGCUGAGCUUCUGAGAUUUCAAGAGAUUUCAGGCUAAAAGGUGGAAAACUGCUAUGAAUUACAUGAAAGAAUCAUAGCAUGUGCAAUAAAGUGUCAAUUCCACAAUAUCUAGGAUAAGCCAUGCAGGAAAUACAGUGAUCUAAUGAGGGAAACUUUGGGACCUUUUGAAAUGUUAACUAUUGCAGGGAACACAGAAUGAAUAAUAGCAGCAGAUACCAUAAAUAUCAUUAGAAUCAUGACUUAGGUUCCAUGCAAAAUUAUGAAAUUGUAGAAAGAUCCUGCUUAGAUCAAACUGCAUUAUGAUGAUUAACUUAUGCAUUUAAAGGUGGAAUUGCUAUUCUAUUGGGGCACUACUGGGGAAUUUGAAUACUUGUUGUUGAAAUGGUUUAGUAGCUUGAUGGGAAAAUGAGAGGACUGAAAUACAGAUAAGUCGUUUUCAUUCACCUGUGACUUUCACCAUAGUUGAAAGUUCGCAGUAUACAGUAAUAUUCCAGAUGUGCUUUGUUAUUCCUCAAUAUGGUUUUUAAAUAAAAAUAUAUCUAGAUCUACUAGAUGGUUCAGAAAUGAUGCCUGGCUACAUGUGUUUAGGAAUGUUACAUAUACAUGUAAAUUUAGCAGUAUUUCCAUUGUCCACUUGGGCAAAGGGUCCUGUGUGCCACAUUUCUGUGCAGUUUCGAACUCAUAGCUACUAGUCUGCACUCAUCGGCAUUACAGUGGGCAGCGCAAGAAAACCUCUUUCUGCAGCACAUCCCUGGGCACGUAUAAUUGGAGAUCCCUUCUGGUCUUGAAAUGGGACUUUUAGAACAGGAGUGAUUUGGUCUAAGCCAGAGUGGUGCAACAGUCCUGGAGGGCUGGUGUAUAUACAGGUCUCGGUGAUGAAUGCUGCCGAACCCUUUUAAGUUUUGAACAGAGAAGCCUCUGUGGGGACCCGAUCCAAAAAUUCAAAAUACCCCCAGCAGCCAUUUCCAAAAUAAAACAUGAAACACAAAACCAGAAGACAUGUGGAAACUACAUGGAAGUGAUGUUGAAAAUUGAGACUAUGCCUUUAUACAGAGGGUGGUGGGAGUGUGGAACAAGCUACCCAGCCAUGGUGUCAAAGCCUUGGAUCAGUUUGCUUUAAAAUUCAAGCACCUGCCUGGAUGGACUCAAUAGCUUCCCCUUGUUUGUUUCUUCAUUGAGUUACAGUGGCUCCCAGGUGUCACACCUUUAAGGAGACUUGGAAAACCUACAGGUACAUCUGGAUUAUAAUAGACCCAUAAAGGUCUUACACAAUUACUGUACUUGAAAGUUCAUGCUCUGCUGUUCUCAUCACCUGUAGUGCGGUAAAACAGUACCAUAUGGGUGUAGGAGCUGCCAGGCCGUGGCCUGAGAUCUGAACCAGCAGCGGUUCGGUGUUGAAAUACGUGCUUGAGCCUUGCUGUCACUGCACCCUUUCGAGGCGCAAUAACUACUUUCAGAUAGUUUUCAUUUUAACAAGAACAAAGCAGCAGGUACCACCAUAUUAUUGUUUUGUUUAAUAACUUUGGUCUGGUUAGCCCUGUAAAAAAUGCACUUGAGCAUAAAGCUUCAAUAUUUGCAUUCUUGCAAAUUUAUGUGUGCCUUUGCCAUACCUUUGGAAAUGUAAAGGUAUUUUAUCUAAUAUAUAUAUAUACACACACAUGUAUAUACUCAAUGGUUAUAAUGAGCAAAUUCCCAGGUCCACCUACAAAUACAAAUGUUUACAAAGCAUGUACUGUAAUAAAAUAUUCAAAUGCUUGA